AUGAUUUAUAUGUUACAGGUUAUUACUAUCAAUGGGAAGUUUCCUGGACCAUUAAUCAAUGCUACAACUAAUGAUGUUGUGAUUGUGAAUGUCUUCAACAACAUGAAUGAAUCCUUGCUCAUAACAUGGAAUGGGAUCCAACAUAGGUUAAAUUCAUGGCAAGAUGGAGUUUCAGGCACAAAUUGUGCCAUUGAACCUGGAAAAAAUUGGACAUAUGUGUUUCAGGUUAAAGAUCAAAUAGGCACUUUCACUUAUUUCCCUUCAAUCAAUUUUCACAAGGUUGCUGGAGGAUAUGGACCGAUUCAUGUCAAUAAUCUCAAGGUUAUAGCUGUCCCGUUUCCUAAACCAGAAGCCGAGUUUGAUCUUCUGAUUGGCGACUGGUUCCGUACUGAUUACAAGUCUCUUAGGUCCUCGAUACAAGACAGGCGAUUAUCUACGCAGAUCUUUGAGUUUCCUGAUGCAAUCUUGAUGAAUGGUAAAAGACCUUAUACAGAACUCUCAGUUUCGGAAGAAUACGAGUCUUUUACUGUAACGAAAGGAAUGACUUACAGAUUCAGGAUAUCGAACGUGGGUACUGUCAUGAGUUUCAACUUCAGAAUCCAAAAACACAAGAUGGUUUUGGUUGAGACAGAAGGUUCUUACACAAAUCAGAUAACACUUGACUCACUCGAUGUGCACGUUGGCCAAUCCUAUUCUGUUCUCAUCACUGCUCAUCAAAACGAAGCUGACUAUUUCAUCGUAGCAACUCCGAAGAUGUUCAAAAUCAAUCAAGCUAAAUCUAUCAGGUGGAACCUGACAGCAGGAGCUGCAAGGCCUAAUCCACAAGGAACAUUUAACGUGUCAAACAUAACGUUGGCUCAAACCUUUAUUCUUCAUGGAUCGAAGGGUGAAAUUAAUGGCUUGUCACGAUAUCUUGUCAACAACGUGUCCUAUCUCACGCCCGAGACACCAUUGAAACUCGCUGAUUUGUUCGCCAAUGGUUCUGGUGUAUACCAACUAGAUCAGUUUCCUACUCACUCGAUGAAUGCUGCCGCUGCUUAUGGAGUGUCUAUUGUCUCUGGAAUCCACAAGGGAUGGCUAGAAAUCGUCUUCAAGAAUGAUCUCGACGUUAUGGAUUCUUGGCAUUUGGAUGGUUUCGGGUUCUAUGUUGUAGGAUUUGGGAAUGGAGAUUGGACACCAGCAGCACGCGAAACAUACAACAUCUUCGAUCCCGUUGUUCGUUCAACUGUCCAAGUUUACCCCAGAAAAUGGACAGCAGUGUAUGUUUUUCUUGACAAUACUGGAAUGUGGAACUUGAGAUCACAACACUUGAAGAAUUGGUACUUAGGACAAGAACUAUUCAUAUGA